CGCGAGGCAUUACGUCAGAGGCAAACGUCUCUCCAGACCGACUCAACGUUCAGAGAAGGUGACCGGGCGGCGGGAGGCUUUCUGAGCGGAAAAUAAGGCGAGAAUAAGGGAAAUAAGGCCGACAUUCAAGUGUGAAGAUGCAGCUUAAGUCUUCUCUACUGUGCCUUCUUUUGUUUCACUUUCAUUUCCUACUGGCCAAAAGAGGUGGAGGCAUAGGAAAGGGCCUUGGUGGAAGAAAGGGGUCCACAUCCAACCGAAGUGGCACUAGCAGCAACACAUGGCACAAAACCAAUCAGGGCUCCAAUCCUCAGGGUGGACAUCCCAAACAGCCAAAACAAGGCAACCAGGGAGGAAACCCUGGUAGUUACCCCAGGCAGCAAGGUGGAGGCUACUACAACCCUUAUGGAGGAAUGGGGUCACCAUAUAGCAACAAAGGGUACCCAGGUGGAUACAUCAAUGCCAACCCAAAUAAUAAAAUUUUAAGUCCUCGCUAUGGUGGCAGCUUUGGUUACGGAGGGUAUGGCUCCAGGGGUGGCUCUCCAUUUUCACAGUCAGUCCAGGGAAUGGGUUUCCUUCCUAACAGAAACUCCAGAGGGUUUGGGCGCUCAGCAAUGAUAGCAGCGGGUGGAGGGGCUGUGGUGGGGAUGGCCCUGGGUUACGGAUUGGGAAGGUUCCCCCGGCCUGAUUUUCAAUUUCACAAUGCCAAUCAAGAGUACUACUACAACCACUACAUGUACAGGAAAUAUGGUACCCGUUCAACUGAUGCCAACGACUACAGCAGAGACUAUCGCUUCAAUACUCCCUCAGGAAAGUUCGACAAGUUCAUGGACGACUGCAUGAAGAGAAUUGAUCUGUCUGCAGAAAGUCAAAAGCCACUAAGUAAACCAACCAGCAGGACCCCAACUAGAGCGUCCACCCCUUUAACCAACAACACGACAAACACCACCGCACCUUCAAGUCCAUCGUCACAGGAAUCCAGCAGUGCUGAAGACGACGACACAGUCAGCAUAGUAGAGAUUGGCUAUCCGGCACUGAUCGAGCAGCUAAAGGUCAGGAAGUGCUUGGAACAAUACAUGGAUAAGUCUGAUCAAUACUUAGUGAGACAGAAUGGAGGAGCUCAGGCGCUGACGUUGGGCCUGCCGGGGGUUUUAUCUGCAGCCUUUGCUACAACAUUGAUGAUAAUUAAUAGCAACAUAAUAAUGUUGCUGCACUGACACCAUUCGCAGGGUAAAUCAGUUGAGAUUUUGCCAUCCUCCUCGCUACCUGGAAGAAUAUUAAAACAUGGAGGUAGAAAAAAAGCUUCUUUUACAUUGCAAAAACAGUCUUACCAAGUAUUUUUUAUCUAGUAUUUGGAAAAAUGUGUUAGUAAAAUAAUCUACCAGUUGAACUAGUCCUUUUUUAAAAUUUGUAUUAAGAAAUAUUGACUUAAAGCAAGCUCCUAUAUCUUGCUGAAGAGUUACCCGUAAAUAAAUUUAGUCUUAUUUCAAACUUUCUAUGAUAUUUGCACUAGAAACCAUACAAAAUACUUGGUAAAAUUUUGUGCUUUUGCAGUAAUACAGGCUUUUUAACCAACAAGGCAUGAAACACCAUGAGAUUCACAUGGCAUGAUAAUGUUACCAAUGUAUAGAUACUUAUUGCUACUUCAUAUAUAUAGUAAUAUACUUUCUGCUGUGUCUUUAUGGGGUACCAAGCCUAUGUAGUCGCUCUACAGAAUGCCGCUCAGAACUUGAUGACUGGUGAUCCGUUUGUUUCUUUGAUAUCACUGCCCAGAGUUUCCUGACCAAACUGCCAGAUCUGUUUUUCUUGUGAAUAAGAGUGUUUCCACACCUUAUAGCCCAGGAGACAAUUGGUGACCAAAAUUGCAACAUUUGUUACAUUUUCAUCUGCACUGUGUCAAAGGAACUAAAUCGUUGACAAACCUGUUUGCCGCCUCGCCUGUGGUGGCGCUGCACCAAGAACCACUGAAGGAGACAACAUGAAAAACUUCUGAAGAAGACAUGAGUGCGACUUCCUUUUUUACAAAACGGAAACAAAAAUGAAGUGGAGUCAAAUUUUAGCAGUUGUAGGGUUUCUCUUUUGUCUUUCGUAAAAGCCCAUUCGCUAUUUCUCCCACUAUUACUGGAGUCGUGCAUUUAUUUAGGUUGCAUUUACCCAGAACGCCCUGUGCUGUAGUUCGUUUCCUGCUUUUGGAGCUGUCUCCAGUCUGCUUGGUGAACUGCGCUAGAGUUCACUUCAACUGAACCAAGGCCGAGGUUUGUAGGCAGACCAGAGUCUUCCACGUCAGAGUUUGAUUGUGCGUUCACACCAACUCAAACAAACCGGACUUAGUAGUCAAACUACCUAGACUUUGAUUGGAGCAUCACUCUAUGAAAAAGCUUGCUAUAUUUAACCAACGGACAAAUUUGUAUCAUUCUUAACUUGAAUUUAUGGGCCACACACAAUCAGUUCAGGACCACAAUUGGCCCCUGAGCCACACUUUGGACACCUCUGGGUUAGAGUUUCCUGAAUCUUCCCAAUGUGGGAGCCUACUGCGUGCUUUAGAUGAAGAUGAUUAUGAAGUAAUUGAGGGAAGUCUUAGUUUUAAGAGAAAAAGCCAUAGUGAAUUAUGGCUCGCAAAAACGAAUUCAAAUACACCACAGCUUUUAAAAUAAUAUAUUCUUUUACAACUUUUAAUUUGGUUUUAACAAUUGACUGUAAAAUGUUAUUUAUACAAAAAUUGCUUCAUUUUGGGGCCAAGGCUGAAAUUGUUACAAAUGUCUUGCACCAGUAAUAUACCCAUGUUGCCUUUCUCUUUGUAUAAUAAAAACAAUUUGUAAUUUGUUUUUUAUUUUUGUUAAUCUAAACUGAUUCAGGGCAAAAUUCACCAUUUCAGUUUAGUAUUUUGAGUGUUUUUAAACGUAGCUGCCUCUGACUUUCAUGGCUUUUUAUAUCAGGAUUUCCUCCAGAUCAUGACAGAAAUGUCUUUAUCAAGGAGAAUUAGUUUUAAUACGUUUCUAAUUGUCACCUGUUUGUAUCUCGUAGUGUCCAACAUGGCAGCAGUAACCUGCCAUGUUGGUUUAUUGGGCUUUUUUAUUUAAGUCUGAAUGUUGUAUUUUUAUUUAAUCAGUGCUGAAACUGAAGACACUGGCCAAGAUUAUCUCAAUGUAUUCAGUAACAGGAAAUACACCUUCAUAUCAGUUUGUUUUCUGUUUUUUUCAUUACUUGUUGGAAAAAACAAAAUCCAAUGAAACUUUAAUAUAAGAAUGUACCCUCAGCUCAUUGUUUUGAAUGUGAAUGUGUCUCCAUUAAUGACCAAAUGUGUUUGUUUUGUGCAAAGUGUCAGAAAUGUAAACAUUUUAUGCCUGUGCUGAUUUUAAACUGUUUGGUAAAUGUAUUUGUUGUCAAUGCUAUGAUAAAAAUAAUGCAUCUAACGCCAUAAUUUAGGUUUCAAAGAGGUAAAUUCAGACUCCUUUUUAACUCAUCAGUAUCCUAUGGCCACAUAUCCUCUGACCACAGGAUAUGUCUUGUGGCCACGAGAGGGCGCUGUCACACAGAAACAUUUAAUGUAAACAUUUUCUUAUUCUGCUGAUAAAUGUCCUGCUGUUAAUGUUUGUCUUCUCUAAUAAACCUAACUUUUAGUGAUUCCCUGA